AUGACGGCUGAAGAAACAGUGAAUGUGAAAGAAGCAGAAAUAAUUAAACUAAUACUAGAUUUUCUGAAUUCAAGGAAACUCCAUAUCAGUAUGCUGGCACUAGAGAAAGAAAGUGGGGUCAUUAAUGGCUUGUUUUCAGAUGACAUGCUUUUUCUAAGGCAAUUGAUUCUUGAUGGUCAGUGGGAUGAAGUUCUUCAAUUUAUUCAGCCUCUUGAAUGUAUGGAAAAAUUCGACAAGAAAAGGUUUCGGUACAUUAUAAUGAAGCAGAAGUUCUUGGAAGCCUUAUGUGUAAACAAUGCCAUGUCAGCGGAAGAUGAGCCUCAGCAUGUAAGGAUUGUCUUUGUCAAACUGGAGUUCACAAUGCGAGAGGCUGUACAGUGCCUACAUGCCUUGGAAGAAUAUUGUCCCUCUAAGGAAGACUACAGUAAACUCUGCUUGCUGCUGACGCUGCCUCGCUUGACCAACCACGCAGAAUUCAAGGACUGGAAUCCCAGCACUGCACGGGUUCACUGCUUUGAAGAGGCCUGUGUCAUGGUGGCAGAGUUUAUUACUGCUGAUAGGAAGCAGAGAGAGGCUGGCUUCAAAGCAAGUAACAAUCGUUUAUUUCAGCUUGUAAUGAAGGGACUGCUUUAUGAGUGUUGUGUGGAAUUCUGUCAGAGUAAAGCAACGGGAGAAGAAAUCACAGAAAGUGAAGUGUUGCUGGGCAUUGAUCUCUUGUGUGGUAAUGGAUGUGAUGACUUGGACCUUAGCUUAUUGUCCUGGCUGCAGAAUCUGCCAGCCACUGUUUUUUCUUGUGCUUUUGAGCAGAAGAUGCUUAAUAUUCAUGUUGAUAAACUCCUCAAGCCUACAAAAGCUGCAUAUGCUGAUCUUUUGACACCUCUGAUCAGCAAACUGUCUCCUUACCCAUCGUCCCCAAUGAGACGGCCUCAGUCAGCAGAUGCUUACAUGACCCGCUCCUUAAACCCUGCCUUGGAUGGGCUGUCAUGUGGAUUAACAAACCAUGACAAGCGAGUCACAGACCUUGGGACCAAAACUUCUCCAAUGUCACACUCCUUUGCUAAUUUCCAUUACCCAGGAGUACAAAAUCUCAGCCGAAGUCUCAUGCUUGAGAACACUGAGUGUCACAGCAUUUUUGAAGAGUCACCUGAGCGAAGUGAUACUCCUGUGGAACCACAGCAUCCUGUCAGCAGUGCGACUUUGUGCCAGAGUUCAGUUCCAGAAAAUGAACCACUUAAUGGAGCACAGAGUCAGGGAUCAGCCAAACAAGAGAAAAAUGAGCUUCGUGAUUCAACAGAGCAAUUUCAGGAAUAUUACAGACAAAGACUACGUUACCAGCAACACUUAGAACAGAAGGAGCAACAACGACAGUUGUACCAGCAAAUGUUGUUGGAAGGAGGUGUAAACCAAGAAGAUGGAGCUGACCAGCAACAGAAUCUUACUGAACAGUUUCUUAACAGGUCUAUCCAGAAACUAGGAGAAUUAAAUAUAGGUAUGGACAGUCUUGGAAAUGAUGUACAGACACUUAGCCAGCAAUGUAAUGGGAACAAAGGGAAUGCAUCUACCAAUCCAGCAAGUAACUUUGCAUCGGCACCUUCAGAUGCUAGUCAGAGGACAGCAACAGAAAGCCAAAAUGUUAAUACAAGCACCCCUCGAAAGCGCGGCUCAGCUAACCAGAUACCCUUUCCUGAAGAGUCCCCUGUACAGGGGAACCAGCCUCCAUCGGAACAUGCUGUCACUCAGGCACAGCUGGAAGACUCUUCAGGGAAUUUAAGUAGGACAAGAGGCGAUGAGGAUGACAAAUCAAAAAAGCAGUUCAUUUGCAUUAAUACUCUGGAAGACACACAAGCUGUCAGAGCUGUAGCCUUUCAUCCCAGUGGGAGUUUAUAUGCUGUUGGCUCCAACUCUAAAACUUUGAGAGUGUGUGCCUAUCCAGAAGUAAUUGACCCAAGUGCUUAUAAUACUCCUAAGCAACCUGUAGUUCGCUUCAAAAGGAACAAGCAUCAUAAAGGAUCAAUCUACUGUGUAGCCUGGAGUCCCUGUGGACAGCUGUUAGCUACUGGUUCUAAUGAUAAAUAUGUGAAAGUACUGCCUUUUAAUGCAGAAACUUGUAAUGCAACAGGACCAGAUUUGGAGUUCAGCAUGCAUGAUGGGACAAUCAGAGACCUUGCUUUUAUGGAAGGCCCUGAAAGUGGUGGUGCUAUAUUAAUAAGUGCUGGAGCAGGGGACUGCAAUAUUUAUACAACAGAUUGUCAGCGAGGACAAGGCCUGCAUGCUCUGAGUGGUCACACUGGUCAUAUUUUAGCACUUUACACAUGGAGUGGCUGGAUGAUUGCAUCUGGAUCCCAAGACAAGACUGUAAGAUUCUGGGAUCUGAGAGUGCCAAGCUGUGUUCGUGUUGUGGGAACAACGUUUCAUGGAACAGGAAGUGCUGUAGCCUCAGUAGCUGUUGAUCCUAGUGGUCGUCUCCUGGCCACAGGACAAGAGGACUCCAGCUGCAUGUUGUAUGAUAUUCGAGGAGGACGAAUGGUGCAGAGUUACCAUCCCCAUUCCAGUGAUGUGCGCUCUGUCCGCUUCUCCCCAGGGGCACACUACUUGCUGACAGGAUCAUAUGAUAUGAAAAUAAAGGUGACAGACUUGCAAGGGGACCUCACGAAGCAGCUUCCUCUUAUGGUGGUAGGAGAGCACAAGGACAAAGUUAUUCAAUGCAGGUGGCAUACACAAGAUCUUUCCUUCUUGUCAUCUUCUGCAGACAGAACUGUCACCCUUUGGACCUACAAUGGCUAGAGUACAAACAAAGGCAACCUAUGCAGCUAAAGCACAGAGACCUGAGACUACAGAACUGUAAAAACAAAGUAAUAAUAAGUAGGCAUUGUGGGAGCAGCAGUUGAGUGGGAGAGUGUUGUAUCAAGAGGAGGGGCACUUGUCACAGAUUUUUCUGGUUUCUAGGAGGUCUUGGUGUUUUUAGUAUAUUCUUUUGCAGUGCUUUCAGUCUUCCAUGUGAACUCAUGCUGCUGUGACCUAUUGUAGUCUUGUUGCCAAAGUCUGAGGAGAACUCUUACAUUGUCGAUGUGCACUCAAAGUAACAAGAAUGAUGUGUUUACAGUUUGGUAUUUAUUGCAUUCCUUGAUCUUUGCCUCAAGAAGAAUUUUAUAUAGAAACUUAAGUUGAACAACACUUUAUUCAAGUCUGUAUGUAACUAGUUCUACAUGCACAUAAAAGAUAAAUUCCACUGUUUUUCCAGAUUUGUUAUAUUAAUCACUUCUC